GAGGGCUCAUUGAACAUCUAGAGCAAGUGUUCAACGAUCAAGAUACCGUGUUCAAAUUAAACAUCGCCUUUGGGUUUAUUCUAAGAAACAUUGAGAAUAAUCAACUACAGUACCAUUACUCUUCCAGAAAUAACGAUAACGUCUUUGACGAACCAUUCCAAAUUUCAACUGCUGCUGAUCUCCAACCUGUACGUGAUGGUUUGCAAAACCUAGAUGUUCUAGAAUGGGCCAGACAGCACCGUCCAAAUUCUAAGUGGAUCGUCGAGCAAGUGACUAACGUUACUUAUUUUGUCACGAAGGUUAUUAACCACCCCAUCGGUAGAGGAAAACGACUUCCACAUUACRUUGUUGAAAAUCGUGGGAUUACUCCAUUGGAUUGCAACUUUCGAACAGGCAGACCUUACGUAUACGAGGACAACUUGUGCUUCUUUCGUGCAUUGGCGCUGCACAAUGGAGCWCAUCUUAAAAACUUGGAAAGGGAUACUAAGCAUUAUUUUGAAAGGUAUCGGGACCUGUUUUUAACAGACCAAGACUUCCAGGGAGUUACUACAGAUGACCUUUCAGAUUUAGAGAAACUCUUUGAAGUAAAUAUCUUCGUGURCACAUUAGAACUGUCACACUCUGAUGAUGACGAGUUGAUUCCAGAAAUUAUUGCCAAGCUCGUGACCCGUUCUUAUCGUAAUUACGGCAGUACAUUGUAUCUUAACAUGUAUGAAGGACAUUUCUCUUACAUAAAUGAUGUAAAGAAGUAUUCCAAGUCCUUCUCGUGCAGUCGCUGUGGAAAAUAUUUCAAGAGUGAUUAUGGCCAACGUCGACAUGAGCGUAGAUGUGAAGCCAAAGUUCGUUAUCAGUUCCCAGGUGGCUUCUACAAAAUUCCAAAAAACAUCUUUGAUCAUCUUGAGGAUGAAGGGAUUGGUAUUCCUCAGCACCUCAAGUUCUUCCCCUACAGAGCCACCUUUGAUUUUGAAUGCUUCUUUGAUCGCAACGACAAUCCCGAUGGGACAGAGAAAAUGCUUUGGGAGGCAAAACACGUACCCGUCAGCGUUARUGYUUGCUCUAAUGUACCCGGGUACGAUCAACCAAGAUGUUUUGUUUCAACUGGUGACUCGAAGCUACUAGUUCAAGAAAUGGUAGACUACCUUAWAACGAUCAGUAUGGAAAGCUACCGAUUAAUGAARGAACAGUUUGAUGGUGUAUUUACAGGUAUUGAAAACAGAUUGAAAGAGAAGAAAGCCACUCCCAUACUAAAUGAAACAGAUAGCGAAGAAGAACAUAAUGGAAUAGAUGUGAUGAGUUCUGAUAAUGAUGACGAUGAGGAGGAUAUUGAAUCUGAAACGGAAGAAGACCGGUCCUUCAUAAAUGAUGAAGAUAGUAUGGCAGAAGAAGAGCCUUCGUUUUAUAGAGCUUUAAACCAGGAGCUAKGUGAGAGAAGACCCGUCCUGAGAAACAUCGAAAAGACAGAGAAUAAGAGACAGCAUCCCUUACUCAAAUUGAAGGUAAUCUUUAUGAUAUCUUCUAUAUGGUAUACUUUUUAUGUUUACGACUUUUGA